CACCCCCGUCCCCGCCGAUCCCCGCGCAGCCGCCAGGCCCGAGCUCUCGGCGCUCCCGGCAGCCGAGGGACCGAGCCAGCCCCGCGGCCGCCGUCCCGCACCGUGCCCGGGUGAGACGCCGCCUCCGCCACCCGCUCCUGUGCCCCGCAAACGCCCUCGAACGUCCUCGGGUGUUUUUAAGUGUCCCAGCAGGAGCAGAGGCCCCGUCCUGGGAAUGGACAGCGCUGCAGACCCUCAGCAAAGCCCCCCAGCAGGCACCUGAGGCCAGGAAUGAAGAUACUGCAAGAUGCUCAACUCCAGCAGCAGCUCCUCAGGCAGCAACUGCAGCCACAGCACGGUGAUAACCACGACAGUCAUCCCGCUGCUCUACUGCUUCAUCUUCCUCGCGGGGCUCUCGCUCAACGCCCUGGCAGCCUGGGUCUUCCUCUACGUUUCCAGCACUAAGAGCUUUAUUGUCUAUCUCAAGAACAUCGCUGUGGCCGAUCUCCUCAUGAGCCUGACGUUUCCCUUCAAAAUCCUGGCUGAUUCGGGGCUUGGCCCCGCGGAGCUGAGCCUGUUCGUGUGCAGGUACUCGGCAGUCGUGUUCUACAUGAACAUGUACAUCGGCAUCACCUUCUUCGGCCUCAUCGGCUUUGACAGCUGUUUGAACGCCGGGUUUAACUGCGUCAGUCAGCCCCUCUGGAAACCACAGCCGCCUCUGGGGCCGGCAGAGGCAGCCUGGGCAGAAGGGCACGCAGAGGCACUCGGGGACACCAGACCUCUGCAGAAUGCUCAGCACACCCCGGGCCCCCAGGACAGGUCUGUGAUACCUCCUGUCAGCAAAGCCAACUCACACAAGGAGUUUACAAUGUCAAGCAACUUCUCUGAAUGUCAUCUCCAUGAAGAAAUGGAACCUUUUACCUAUUUUUACUACUUGAUUUUUCUUAUGGGAAUUAUUGGAAGCUGUUUUGCCCUGUGGGCAUUCACACAGAAGGACCAGAAACAGAAAUGCAUGAGCAUCUACUUAAUCAACCUCCUCACUGCAGAUUUCUUGCUGACUUUGACACUGCCAGUGAAGAUUAUUGUUGACCUAGGAAUUGCAUCCUGGAAUCUGAGAAUAUUCCACUGCCAAGUCACGGCGUGCUUCAUCUACCUGAACAUGUAUUUAUCCAUCAUAUUUUUGGGAUUCGUGAGCAUGGAUCGCUGCCUCCAGCUGAUGCACAGCUCUAAGGUCUACCGCAUCCAGGAGCCUGGCUUUGCCAAGACCCUGUCAGCAGUGGUGUGGGUCAUGCUUCUCCUGAUAACGGUGCCCAACAUGGCCAUUCCCACAAAACACAUCGAGGAGCAGCCUGGCGUCGGCUGCAUUGACUUCAAAACGAAGUUCGGGAGGGACUGGCACGUGUUCACCAACUUCAUCUGCACGGCGAUAUUCCUGAACUCCUCGGCGGCGAUCCUGGUGUCCAACUGCCUGCUGGUGAGGCAGCUGCGCCGGCACGGGCGCGGCGAGCGCGGCGGGCGCGUGCGGGCGGCGCUGGCGCACGUGCUGCUGGUGACGGCCGCCUACCUGCUGUGCUUCGUGCCCUACCACGCCGUGCGCAUCCCCUACACGCUGAGCCAGGGCAGCGCCAGCGCCAGCUGCCCGCUCCGCCGCGCCCUCUUCAAAGCCAAGGAGUCCACCCUGCUCUUCGCCAUCGCAAACCUCUGCUUGGACCCCGUCCUCUACUACCACCUUUCCAAAUCCUUCAGGCUGAAAUUCACGGAGGCCUUUGCAGCCCCCAAGGAGGCCACGGCGCUCAGGGCCGCCGAGGAGGCGCAGCAGCAGAGCUGCAGCCUGCCUGGGGACACGAGCAGAGCCUGCCCGCCCGCAGCACCUGCAGCUCUGCGUGACUGCAGCACGGCCGACAGCGCUCCUGCUGAGCCCUGAGCCCAGGCGGGAGCAAAACACCAUUGGGGCAUGAGCAAAACACCAUUGGGGCACGAGCAAAACACCGCCGGGGCACGAGCAAAACACCGCCGGGGCACACCUACGGCUCUGUGACCCGCUCACACAGCGCCCUGGGCACACAGCCUCCAGGGAUGCCCUCACCAGCAGCUCAAAGCACAGCGCUGACCCACCAGGCGUGAGAAUCCGUGUUCAGACUCAAACAUACCUUGGAAUUAUUUAUGGCAGACACCUGGACCCGCCUUUACUAAGUUCAAUAUUGUGCAUUUACUGUAUUAAAGGACUUGGUGCUAUCAAGUGAAGAAAUUAGUAAACCUCAGUUCUUCAGCUGCAAAGCUGAUUUGACAAGAUUAACCAAAAAGCAUUCUAGAGGGCAUCGUUUACUCCAAAAAGGGAUUUUAAAAUGCACUGAUUAAAAAUUAUUGUAUCUGCUUACACCACACCUGCAGGCUUCAUAAAUAAAUUAUUUCUU